GCGGAUAGCGAGAAGCGACCGCCGCCGCCGUGCAUGCGACGCAACUUAUUAAAGCACGGCUUCGUAGCAAUGCCCAGGAGAGCUCGCUUCCGCGGUACGGUGCCACUCAUCCAGGAAGAAGGCGUGCUUAGGAGCGCAACUGUCACCAAGUUCCCAGACAACAAUAACAUGAACAAGAGAAACAUUGCAAGAUCAGAUGAGUGUGGCACAAUAAAUGAAUUAAACAAUGAACUGCGAAAGCUAAACCUCAUACCAAGGGUACAGUCUUCAAGAGGUCAAAGAGAUUGUAAUGAAAAUGAAUUAGUCUUAUCUCCUUCAAAAAAAAUAUUAAACACAAGUAAAGAAAGUAAUGACACAUUGAAGGCUUCAAGAAGAAGAUGGAAUCUAGACCUGAAACUGUGGCAUCGAUUGAAUCAGCAUCAAAAUUUGACUAGUUUUCGGCAUAAUUCAAAACUUUUUCAAACAUGGGUGCCAAAUGAUGAACUUGACAUUGUAUCCAGUUCAUGUUAUGAUCGCAGUGAGCAUCACUUUUCAGAUAUAGGUGAAAUAUCUUUACAACCUGAAAUACUAGAACAGAAGACAUGGUAUGGAAUGAUCAAAUCUAUACUUUUUAAGAAAAGAUAUGUUCACUGAAAACAGAGCAGCUAAAAUAAACUGUAUUUGUGAGUGAAUACAUUUAGUAAUGUGCAUGGUGGUUCAACAUUCAGUGCCAAUCUCUUAGAUAGUGUAAAAGAAUGAGAUUUUCUCUUAUGCUGCAACCAUACACUGUGCCCCAGACACUAAACAUUAGCAACACAUUUCAAUUUCUUGCAUAUGUAGGGAAGUACAACAUAAUUCUAAUACUAGAAGCUUCACUAGUUCACAUCUAACAAAAUAAACAUUGGUAACUCUCCUGGAAGGUUCUAUACAUCAAUUCCGUUAAGAGAUGGUGUAUCAGACAUAGACAGUUUGUACUAAGCUGUCUCAUCUUUCGCUGUAAUAUCAUAUUUGAAAUUUCUGCAGCACUAAAACCACCAGGCUUGGGACAAAAAUGAUAUGUCUUUUCUCUCUACUCUACAAAGUUUGGUAAAACUUUGAUAUUGGUAUUGAUUUUUGAAUCACCGUGACUAAAUAUACUUGCAAUUUAGUACUUACAUGAUAUAUGUAGUACUUUUAAUUAUCUCAGAAAUUAUGUACAAUGUAGAUAGAUGUGAGAAACUGAUUUAUGUUGCCACAUUAAUUUCUUUCUUAAUAUUGUACAUCAUUUCCUGUCACUGUAAAAAAAGAGCACAGUAUACGAAUAAUCAUGAUAAAUUUACCAGUGCAUUUAGAAUAAUAUAAUAAAAAAAGUGAUGAAAGCUGGUGCUUAGUUGAAACUGUUAGGGAACUUACUAAAGUUUUCUUAAAAUAAUGCUUCAUCUAUUAACAACUGUUUAUGCUAAACUUUUGACAAUUUUCUUGAAGUCACAUAUGAUGGAUUAACUAAUGAAGGAUACACAAUAAAGUAAUUACAAUACAUUAACAUUGAUAAAUUAAAUAGUUACAAAUUAUGAUAUUUCUCAUUCAGUGGCAGAAAUAGAAUAAAUAAACAGAGACCAAGCUACUACUUAUGAGACUACCUAAAAUUAAGCUCGUCUUAGUCACCAUGGAUAAUUGCAUUCAUAAAAGUGUUUGGAAGGAAACAGUUGAUUUGUUAAACUUGUAUUUAAACUAAUUGGAGAUAUUUUUUAGUUUCUCUUGUUUUAUGAUGUUAUGUUGACUUCAUUUUUCAUCUUAAAAAUUACUUUUUGGUAAGUAAUUGACAAUUACUUAAUGUAUAAUUCAUUGCUAAAUGUGUUGGAUGCUGUACUUGAACUAAAGGUUGGUCUUUGGUUACUAUCUUCCGUACCAGACUAAAUUACUCAAACAUUACAGUCUCAGCUACCUCUACUCUCAUUAUUUUGUUGAAUAUUAUUGAAGAAAGGGUACACUGUACCAUGAGGUGAGAAGCCCUUAACUCAGGUCUACCUUCAUUUUGCAUUAAUUACAUUCACAUCUGUCUUUUUUUUUACAAAAGUGGCCUAUCAUGCCAGUUAGGAAUUAAAUAUUCUGAGGAGAUGCAAAAUCAUUUGAAAAUCAACUUGCAGUCAAAACUGCUAGCUCUGUUCAUAAGUGAGAAGUAGACAAAGCAGAAGCAAUCUUGUUCAUAUCAUCCAUAAAUGUACACUUUUAAUUUAUUGCGUGACUUUAAAAACCAGCUACAUAUUUAAUUGUGUUUAGCAGGUCAUUACAUUUUACAGCAUUUCGCAUUGCCUGCUUUCCCAUACCUUCAUUCUUUUUCAUAUUUCAGCAGUGAUGGUUGUGGACAUUUGUGGAAUGGCACCAAGCAAGUCCACAAACCGUCAUUCUUAAAAGACUGAGGGAACGAUGUGUUAAAUUUUAAUUGAUUUCAAAUUUUUGUACAAUUUGGCUACUAAAUAACAUGAAGAAGAUAUGGCAGAAGCAGAAAGUUCAUAUCUGUUUUAUGACACACAAAAUUAUGGAGAACCACUUAUUAUUAUUUGAAAUCAGCACAAAACAUAAAUUGCAUCAUGAAUAGUGGCACCUCACAUAUAAUAGUCAACAUUUGAAUAUUAUCUCAGUGUUUAUAAAGACAUUCCACAGUGGUUCCAGCUUUACUUCUAUGGUGUAAUUCAUCAGUAAAGGAAAAAAAAAAAAUAUUACUACAGUUUGCAAUUUCUGAUGAAAAUAAAUUAGAGGUGGUUCAAUUUCACUUUGUCACUAAAAAUUAAACAGAGGUAUCAGAAACUGACGGAAAGUUUAUUUCCCCCUUUUUAUUAUAUUUAUAUCUACUGUAAUUUGAUGGAAGCCUGCAGUCAUUAACAGAAAAAAGUUGAUUAUUUCAAAAACUUUAUGCAGAACAUGCAUGUCCUUUCAAACUAGUCUAGUGCUUACUUCAAAAAACUGCUAAGCAAUAUUCUAUCAUGGAACAUCAUUCCUUCUUUGUACGAGAAACCACAUAGACAAAUAACCACUUUUUCAUCACCAUAUUCAGAGUUAAUACAGAUUCUUAUAUCAGUAUGUCACAGUGCUUUCUGGAUACUGAACAUCAUUAUUACAGCAAAACUUUCCUACUUACAUUAGUGUCCACAAAUUCUUUAUUUAAUAUUUGUUAUAACUUGUGGUUCAUGCAAAUUACCACCUAUCUGUAUCACUGCUUGUCUGUGUGCUGUUUGACUACUGUUCUAGGUAAUCAAUAAAUUGUAGUGACUGAAGAAUCUGUAUCUAUGAAGAUACGGUGUAUUACAGUAGGAUAUUUGGAAAUUAUGUGAUAUCCUAUCAUUAAUGGUGCUGUGAAAUCAAAUAAAAGUGAAGAAUGUUUUCUCCAGAAUAACUAUCUCAUGUAAAAUAUGAUAUUGAAGAGGAAUUGUUUAUGUAGCAUUCCUGUACCAAAUUAGAUGAUGACAAUAAAUUUUGAUUUUUUUUCCA